AUGAUUGACAAAAAACUUGGUAAAGGUUGUAUUACAACUAAAUGCAAAUAUAUCGCGCUUCUUAUGCUUAUGACAGUCACAUUAUACCUAUCAAUUGAACUAUGUCUUUUCACUUCGGAUCAAUAUGUAUUUUACAAUGCGGUAACAGAACAAGGUCUACCAUAUUUAACACGUCAAGAAAGACAUAAAUAUGCAAAUUUAUCAGCUGAUGAUAAAAUAAAACUAACAGCUGCACAAAAGAAAGCUGCUACACUAGAAUCUACUACAAAUGCAGUUAGAAUAACAUUAGGUUUAAUAUCAAUGCUAAUAGUUGGUUAUAUAUCAGAUAGAUAUGGUCGUCGUGUUGCUCUAGGUAUUCUACUAAUUGGAGAAUUUUUACAUAUAACAACAAUGGCUCUAAUAGUAACAAAUAAUUUGAAUGUUUGGCUAUUACUCCUUGCUGGCUUUUUUGAGGCUUUCUUCGGUGGUGGUCUUUUAUCAAUUUAUUCUCAAGUAGCAGCAAUUGUGGUUGAUAUAAUGCGUAUUUCACACGCUAAAAAAGCUGAGAGAGGUCAGAUUGUUACAGCAGAAAAGAUUAACCAUGAUACAUGGAUUUGGUUUACUGUGUUUGAAUCUAUAGCUUUACUAUGUUCAUCAAGUGGCGGCCCAAUUGGAGGAACAUUGAUCUAUCAAUUUGGUUUCAAAGCUGUGGUUAUCACUGAUGCAAUUUUAUUUGUACCAAGUUUAAUCAUUUUAUUCAUUUUCCCGGAAACCAAUAAUGCAUAUGGAUCACCUAUUAAUGUUGAUGAUAAUAAGCAAGAAAAUUCUACUCAUAAUGAUAAAUACAAUGAUUCUAAUGAAGUUCAAAAUUUUGAAAUCCAUCCUGAACGGAAAGAAAAACUAAUUAUGCGAAUAAAAAGUAUAAGGCAUUUGGAUCCAGUCCUGAUUGUACUUAUAAUAAUUAUCGUACUCCUAGCGAUCGGUGCCAUGGCAGAUCUUCAUUAUAUGGUUAUCUAUCUCAUGGGUUCACCAUUCUUGUGGAAUCCUCAACAAGUGGGAAUAUACAUUGGUAUCAGUGAUUUCAUAUCAUCUGUUGUCGGGGUUACAUAUAUCAUUAUUGUUGUUAAAAUUCGUGAAAGAAAAAGUAUGAAACAAAAAUCAGUAACAAAUGAUAAUCAUAUAUCUCAACAAGAAUGUACAAAUGAUAAAUCACGAAACGUUUUCUUACGGAAUAUGAGAAUGAUGAUAUUUACAUUAGCAGUUACUUUAUUAUUAAUGACAAUAAACAAGAUAAUGAUGGGUCUUGCACAUCAAUUUACACAAGAAACAGCAAGAACUAUUGCUUAUAUGGCUGCCAUUCCUCGACUAUCAAAAAGUUUCAUCACACCAAUUGCACGCUCAAUGUUUUCACUAUGCACACCACCAGACAAUCAAGGAAUGAUUCAAUCAUUUGGAGGAUUCUUUGCUCGUAUUGGAUUCGUCAUUACUUUCACCACCUUACCAGCUUUAUAUGCAGCCACUGUUACUAUAUUUCCUCCGACUGUAUUUAUUGUUGUUAGUGGAAUCUUGGUUCUAACAAUCAUAGUUGAUCUGUGAGUAAUUACAAUAAACUGUAAUUUGUGUAUUUUUAGUCAGAAGCAGUCGGGAUUUUGUUCAUUUUUCACUUCUUCACUUUUUCGAAUAACGUGUACCGCUAUCUAAAUAUUCGCUAUUUCUUUAAAAAUUUAACCCCAGAAGAAUAAACAAAGGAACUGUUAUAGCAAUCGAGUUUUCAUCCCCCCACAUACGAAUUUGUGUUUUGUAAUGUUUAUUGUUUUGUAUCUUUUGAUUCUUAUGGAAAAGUUAUGUGAUGUCAGAUGAGUGGCGACCGCUUGUUUACAAAAUGUGUCUCACUUUAACGUCUAUUGUUGGAAAUCAAUACAAUCUGACUGAGAUUUGAAAGAUGGAGAAAAAUAUACUUAAUGUCAACUUAUAUAUGUUAGUACUUUUCUUCGGGGAUGUGUUCAGCUUGUAGUGUGAUUAUUAGGAGUAUUUGAAUUAUUAUACUAACUAGGAAUUCUCGAAAUACUGCAAUUUACAGUAAUUAGAACUGGAUGAGCGCAAAUGAUCCAUUGUAUUUAAAAUUCGAAAUUAGGCAGUCAUCAAGUACAAAAGAAAUCAUUAGUUCAUACAAACACCACAGUUAGUCUCCCUUAAAUUACCGUUUUUCUGUAUGUUUUUCGGUGCCAACAAAAUUCAUUGAUGUGACUUCCUCGUUUUUUUGAUCCACUUCACAAAUUACUGGGAUCUUGAAGUGAUUAAGUGAGGAUGAGAAAACAUCAUGUAUAUACUUAGCAUAUUUGAAUGAAUACAACAGACUCAGAAAAGAUAAAAGGGCGGAAUACAGAGCAAUAAAAUAUUUGCAACACAUACCUUCUACGGAUAUGUGUAUCAGGCCAACAACAUGACCUAAGGCAUUAAUCAUACAAUCGGCUAAUAUAAUGCAACAAGAAAAAGUCCGCUUCGUUCAGUAUAUCAUAAUCAUUAUAUAAUUUAUAUGAUGAUAUGUGUUUAUGUACUACUAACAAUAAUUCAAGCGAUAAGAAAUAGAAGCAUGGAAACAAUAAAAUCAACGUCAUUAUCUGAGUCUGUAAAUGAAAUACAUGUGUUAUAGUCAUUGAAAAUAUUUUGUUGAAAAAAGUACUUACUAAAUCUAACUUAUUGCUUUCUAUCUUAACAAGUGACUAAAAACUGUAAAUUAUACUCAUUUUAGUACAUCAUAUUUACUUUUCAUCUUUUAAAGGUCUCUACUACCACUUCUCAGAUC